CACGGUUUUUUUUUUUUUAACAGGAUAGUCAACCUUUAUCUAUUCUUCAAUACUUUUUCUGAUCCUAACUGCUCCUGGUACUACAAUUAUGUCUUACAAGCAGAGGUUUAAUAUAUUAAUAAAAAAACCUAUUAUGUAUUGAGUUAGAGUUUUUGGUUUUGUAUUCACCACCUGACCAUUCCAUCCGUCUUUCUUUCUUUCUUCUGGGUAAUUUAACCAAACGAAAGAUACUAUCAGUAUUUUUAUAUGUUGAAGUUGAAGACAUGAGCAAACAUUCAUCAGUUGCAGGUGCCUCCCACCCUGUUAAAGAAGCCGGCUUUUUUACCAAGAUCAAGGUUGCUUGCCUCAAGUCAUCCUCUUCAGACGGUGGGAAAGGGGGAAAAGGGAAAAGCAAUUCAUCAAGUAACAAAGUGUCCCAUGGAUUCCACUUAGUGGAAGGUCAAUCAGGCCAUGAUAUGGAAGAUUACCAUGUUGCUGAAUACAGAAAAAAGAGGAAUCAUACGCUUGGAUUGUUUGCAAUCUUUGAUGGUCACUUGGGGGAUCGUGUGCCCACUUAUUUGAAAGACAACCUUUUCAACAACAUACUCGAAGAGCCAAAUUUCUGGAAAGACCCUGAGGCUGCAAUAAGGAAUGCAUACCGCUCCACUGAUAAGUUUAUAUUGGACAACUCUAUGCAAUUAGGGCCAGGUGGCUCUACUGCGGUUACUGCCAUUGUCAUUGAUGGCAAAGAUUUAUGGGUCGCAAACAUUGGUGACUCUAGAGCUGUUGUGUGUGAGAGGGGCUCUGCCAAUCAAAUUACAGUGGACCAUGAGCCGCAUGCAGAACGUACAAGGAUAGAGAAGCAGGGUGGCUUUGUUACUACUCUUCCUGGAGACGUGCCUAGGGUUAAUGGCCAACUUGCAGUUGCAAGGGCUUUUGGGGAUCAGAGCCUUAAAGCACAUUUAAGCUCAGAACCUGAUGUCAGACAUGUCCCAAUAGACUCCACUAUUGACUUUGUAAUACUGGCUAGUGAUGGAUUGUGGAAGGUAAUGAAGAAUGAAGAGGCAGUUAAUCUGGUAAAAUCCAUGAAGGACCCUCAAGCAGCAGCCAAACGAUUAACGACAGAAGCAUUGGCAAGAAAGAGCAAAGAUGAUAUAUCAUGCAUAGUAAUUCGUUUUGGCUGAUGCUACUAAAGCCAGUGCUUUAGUUGGCAUUGUUCCUCCUAAACUUUGUAUCGGUUGGUUCACCAUUGGAAGGUGUAAAUAGGGGAAACCCUUUUGAGUUGGAGAGCUUCAUCAUGUAUGAAUGUGGUAGAUUUCUUUGUAGGGACAGUGAUGUCUGUUUGUCUGAGCUAGUUGAGAUAGCAGUGUGCUGCAUUUUUUUUGUGUUCCCAGGGAGCUUCCUCAUUAAUCCAUGAUUAUGAGCUGGUUAAUAUAUAUAUAUAUAUAUAUAUAUAUCUAGUUGUGUGGGGGCUUGGGUGCAAUUAAUGAGGAUAAUUCUAUCGUAAGACCUGUGAAUGUGAUUGAAAAAGUAAAAGGUAGAACAGAGAUUGGUUCUAUUCAGGAGUGUACACUGUGUGGAUACAAAUAAAGGUAUGAUACAAAUAUACACUUCCAUUCCAUGUA